AGAAGCCAUUUGUAACAUACAAAAUAAAUUUAAAAAAAUUUUAAAUGUAGAUAAUAAUAGAGCAUCUCUGCAACUUCUAAUAAAAAAUACUGCAAUAGCUGCAUGCUAGCAAAGGUUAAUAAAUUGGUAAUUUUUAUAACAAUGUUGCCACAUUUUUGAUAGAACACCUCAGUAUUGACAUCCAUCUGUAAAGCUAACCGUAAUAAAAGUGUGCAGUCAAAGACAUGAUGAAAUUUUUUUCAAAGUGUUAAUAAACUAUUAAUAUAUUUUUAUUUUGCUGUGAUGUUGCCGAAAUCGCCAAAAUCAUCAUUCUGGAAAUUUUUAAAAGGAAGUGCUAAAGUAUUAUUCGUCGCGGAAGCUGUUUGCUUUGCAGCCUCUUACGGAGUAUAUUAUCGUAUGAACACAAAUCGUGAGUUCCGCCACUAUAUCAACGACAACUUCCCAUUUGCACUAGAUUACUACUAUAAAGUGGGCGAGGUUUUGGGUAAUAGCAACUUGAGGCAAGUCGAUUCCGCAAUCUGGCGAGCUGAGAGCGAAAAACGAGAAUAAUCAAAUAAUUUGGUUUGUUCAGGCGGCGUCGGGUACGGACUUAUGUUGCUUACCGAACCAUCUGAGGAGAAAAUAGAGCGCAUAAAAGCCACAGGAGGUCCAGCACAUCUAACCAAGGAAGAACUUAAAAAGUUACAAUUUAUGCAACGUAUGCGUGAGGCGGCUACUGGUGAAGCACCGCCUAUUUACAUGCAGAAGAAGGAAAAGUAAACUCAAAAGCACCACCAACUUGAAAGUGAUUCUACGUUAACACAUACAGCAAGAUGAGUGCAAAUUUUCAUGACAGUGGCACUACUUUGAAUAGUGGGGAGAAUGCCGAUUCUAAGAAGGAAAACAUAUUGGAGCGUUUAAAUAAGCGCAAUAAAGAACGCCAAAAUUAUUUAGACGUAAAAAUAGAGCAACGUAAUAAGGAAAAUGUCGAAUUGGAAGGUACUGAUUAUUUUGCUCAAACAUUUACUGAACGUGCCCGAGCAAUAGAAGAAGAAAUACAAAAUAUAUCGCUAAUAUCAGCUGCUACAGAUAGAGCAACUUCUAAUACUGCGGAUUUAACACGCAUAUUUGCUGAUCUAACGAUACAAAUUCAAGAAUUGCAACGUUAUCUUACCACAUCAACAAUGUUUCUUACAGACUUUAAAAUUAAAGCCUGUCAGAAUACGCUUAAUGACUUAAGUAGCAGCUGCGAAGAGUGUCGUUUGCGAUUGAUACCGAAAAAGAAGUUUGGAUUUAGUGGAAAAAAAGUAGCACCGAAGGUAUUAGUCAAUCCAAGAGUUGUGAACAUUUCUACCGAUAAAGUUGAUAUGCCAGAAAAAUCAAAAACUGACAACACUUCAUUCACCUGGACGUUAUCGAAUAGAGAAGAUGAAUAUAUUUGCCUCGAAGGUGAUGAACUAAACAAUAAAGAUAUAACAAUUUCUAACCUAAAAAAUUGUUUUGUUGAGCUUUGUGGUCAUGCAGGAUCAGUACAAAUAUCGCAGGCCAUCGACUGUACAUUCCUUUGUGGGCCAAUUUCACGUUCGCUAUUUGCGGAAAAUUGUGAGCGUACAACGCUAGCUUUAGCUUGCCAACAGCUCCGAUUACAUUCUUCAAACAUUUGUCGCAUAUAUUUACACGUCACAUGUCGAGCUAUUAUUGAAGAUUGUACGCAAAUUGAAAUAGCAAACUAUAAUUAUAAUUACGCUACAAUCGAUGAGGACUUUCAAUUGGCAGGAUUAGACAAAGCUCAAAACAAUUAUACAGAUAUCGCAGAUUUUAAUUGGUUGUCACCUGAUGUACCGUCACCUAACUGGACGCUACUCAAAGAAACACCCUUGCCUUCCUGGAGUGAACUGCGUAGCCAAAAGCAACAAAAGUCUAAAUUUUUAUAGUGUAUAGUAAAGCACAAAUGUCAAGCAAUGGCAGUAAAUUGGCGUUGGACUUUUAUAUGGUUGACUCUAGCUUUGUUGCUACUUCUGUUGCUUAUUGAGUAUUUGCCUUUAUUUUCAUCUGUCGUAAAAGAAGGGUUUUGUCUCUUGCUAUUAUCACCAGCAGCAACUCCAGUAAAUUAGGUGGCAUAAUUAUAUACAUAUACAUAACUGUACAUUUAAAUGGCAAUGUUUUUUAAUUCAUAUGUGGUAUGCGAUUUUGUAUGAGAAUUAAUUGUAUGUAAGUUGUUAUAUUGUAAAUGCAGGUUGGUUUUUUGGAAAUGUCCUUGCUGUAAAAAUUUAGAUUGUAGAAGCACUUUCAUUUUAUUUACUUAAUAAAUGAUCAAUAAAAUACUAAUUGCUUAAACUGAAAA